GGAUGUCUCUGUAAGGCUUGAGCAAUCCUUGUGGACUCUUCCCUCCUUUGUUUUCAACCCCGCCUUGGCCUAUGAAAUUGAUGGCCAGAGAACACUCAAGCGUCCAGUGCUCCAGUCAUCUCUAUCCUUCCCUGAGGAGCCACUAAAUCCUCAGGAAGAUCUACUAUCACUAGGAGAAACUCAGGCAGAAAUGGCAAGGCUGCUGUUUCCCUUAAGUUCCGUUUGUGGACGCUCAGCGUCUUAACACUGCUCCCAGAUACUGCGCCCCUAUCGUGGCUCCUGGCUAGGUGCAACCCACAUUCGAACUGUUAAGAUUGGGGGCGGGGCUUGGCUAGGCAGGUCCAGGAUGCGAGAUCCUGGAGAAAAGAAAAGGUGUAGUGUUUGGGGCCAUCAACGGGCUACGCUGGCUUGGCACGGCUGAGCUCUUCGGAACAGGUAAUACCCAGUGGGGAGCCUGUUGGUCUGAGCCAGAGAUAAGGCUGGAGGAGAGAGCUCCGGGUGACAGAAGCAUGGAUUUCAGAACCCCUGACCUGCUGGAUGUGUGGCUGGAGCCCCCAGAAGAUGUCUUCUCAACAGGAUCCUUCCUGGAGCUGGGACUCUCUCUACCUCCAGAGGGCCCAGUAACUAGGCUGCAAGAACAGGGGCUGCAAGGCUGGGAGUCCAGUGGGGGCCAUGGCUGUGGUCUUCAAGAGAGUGAGUCUGAAGAUUUCCUGAAGCUUUUCAUUGAUCCCAAUGAAGUGUACUGCUCAGAAGCAUCUCCUGGCAGUGACAGUGGAAUCUCUGAGGAUCCUGGCCAUCCAGACAGUCCCCCUGCCCUGAAGCCACCCAGUUCCCCUGCCCUCUAUGAGGUUGUCUAUGAGACAGGAGCCCUGGAGAGGAUGCAGGAGGAAGCUGGGACAGCUGUAGGGUUCAUUUCCAUCCAACUAGAUCAAUGGAGCCCACCAUUUAUGGUGCCUGAUGCCUGCGUGGUCAGUGAGCUACCUGCUGACACUCAUGCGCACAUCCUGCCCAGAGCGGGCACUGUAAACCCAGUGCCUCCUGCAGCCCUGCUGCCCUGUCCAACCUUGUUCCUGACAGAUGAGGAGAAGCGUCUGCUGGGACAGGAAGGGGUUUCCCUACCCUCUCACCUGCCCCUCACUAAGGCAGAGGAGAGGGUCCUCAAGAAGGUCAGGAGGAAAAUUCGUAACAAGCAGUCAGCUCAGGACAGUCGGCGACGGAAGAAAGAGUACAUCGAUGGACUGGAGAGCAGGGUGGCUGCCUGUUCUGCACAGAACCAGGAACUACAGAAGAAAGUCCACGAGCUGGAGAGACACAACAUCUCCCUGGUGACUCAGCUCCGCCAGCUGCAGAUGCUUAUUGUUCAAACUUCCAACAAAGCUGCCCAGACUAGCACUUGUGUUCUGAUCCUUCUUUUCUCCUUGGCUCUCAUCAUCCUGCCCAGUUUCAGCCCCUUUCAGGGCCUACCAGAAGCUGGGCCUGAGGAUUACCAGCCUCAUGGAGGUGAGAGGCAAAGGCAGGAAGGGAUUCUGUUUUCCAGGGUAGUCAAGAGGUGGGAGGGAGAUCCUGUUCUGUCUAGGAUCCCCCAACCAAGGGACCACUAUACUACUGCCCUUUUCCUUCACCCCACAGUGAUUUCCAGAAACAUCCUGACUCACAAGGACAUGACAGAAAAUCUGGAGAACCCUGUGGUAGAGUCUAGAUUGGAGGGGCCACCUGGGGCCAAGGGUGCAAAUGGCUCAACACAGACACUGCUUGAGAAGGAAAGGAGGGCAGGGCCCAACAGACACAUCAGAACUGUGCUGCACGCAGAUGAGAUGUGAGCUGUAACACUUCCUGGCCCACUUCCCAUUCACAAUAAGGAAUUCAGGGCUCCGCUGUGGUCCUGCUUCCCACCUGGAAUUCCCAUUCAGGGUUCUCUGGCCUCAGGGCUCAGGAUACUCUAGAUGUCUGAGCUCAGUCUGCCUAUGUGAGGGGGUACCUCAAAUACUUUUGUUAUGUAUCUGUGGUUUUAUUUCUUCUUUGGAGAUAGGGUUAAGGGGAAACAGACCUUUUGGCUGAGAAAUAAACUUUUUGUUUUUUUGCUGAAA